AUGUCUGGAGAUGGAAUCGCCCCUGCGCCUGCGGCUCACGCAGCCAUGGCCAUUGACGAGGACGGAGAGGCAAACGUCGAACAUGGCAGACCCGAGUCGCGAGUGCCCCGGCUUCCCAACAUGGACCCGGGUCGACGGGCCGCCGUUGAGAAGAGGCUGAAGCGCAAGCUCGACGCCCGCUGCGGCCUCUUUGUGCUCAUCUACAUCAUGAACUACCUCGAUCGCAACAACAUCGCGUCGGCGCGCCUCAAGGGCCUCCAGGAAGACCUCAAGCUGGACGACACACAGUACGCCACGUGCCUCAGCAUCCUGUACGUGGGCUACAUCCUCAUGCAGGUCCCGUCAAACAUGUUCAUCAACCGCAUCCAGCGGCCGUCCCUGUACAUCGCCUGCUCCAUGCUCCUCUGGGGCCUCGUCUCGACGCUCUCGGGCAACGCCAAGGACUUUGCCGGCAUGGCCGUGAUCCGAUUCUUCCUCGGCUUCAUCGAGGCCGCCUUCUUGCCCGGCGCGCUCUUGAUCCUGUCCAAGUGGUACACGCGCCGCGAGCUGACGACGAGAAACGCCAUCCUCUUUGCCGGCAACCUCAUCUCCAACGCCUUCUCGGCCCUCGUCGGCGCCGGCGUGCUGUCCAACAUGCAGGGCGUCUUGGGCCACGCCGCCUGGCGGUGGCUGUUCUGGAUCGAGGGGGCCGCCACCAUGUCCAUUGCCGUCGUCGCCGUCUUCAUCCUGCCCGACCUGCCUCACAACGCGCGCGGCUUCACCGACGAAGAGAGGGCCGUCGCCCAGUUGCGCAUGUUUGAGGAUGUCGGCGAGGCCGACGCCGACCCUGCUGAUCAGGGUAUCUUUGACGGUCUCGUCAUGUCCUUGACCGACCCCAAGAUUUACGUCAUGAUGCUCACUUUUACCGCUUACGUCGUCGGCUUGUCCUUCAACGCCUUCUUCUUCUGGCACAUUGUCGGCCCCAUCGUCAUGGGCAUCGUCGGCUUCGUCAUCAGCAUGUCCACGCUCAACGUCGCCGCCCGCUACCUCGCGCUCUUCCUGCAGGCCGGCUCCUACGCCGGCUUCAUCGUCUUCUACUCGUGGAUCAGCUCAACCUUCCCCCGCCCGCCGGCGAAGCGAGCCGUCGCCAUCGCCCUCAUCAACGCCUUCAGCCAGCUGGGCAACGUGGCCGGGUCGUACGUCUGGGCCCUCAAGGACGACGGAUUCCGCAAGAGCUACGGCAUCGUGCUGUCCAUGUUUGGCGUCACCAUGGCCGGCUGCUGGAUCCUGAGGACGAUGCUGGUCCGCCUCAACCGGCGGCUGGAGGAGGAGGAGACGGCCGAGACGAGGCAGGGCGCCGGCGAGGGCAACAGGGGCACCGAGGACGGGCACGUGGAGAAGACGGACGAGAAUCUCCACAUGCGCAAGGGCUUCAGGUACCUUGUCUGA